AUGGCCAAAGUAGAAAGCACGAGCCUGCCUGGCCCCGCGAACUCGCCGGGCGACGACUCCAACGGCUCAGGCAACACGAGCAAUUUAUCAACCGCAAAGCCCGAAACAUCGCCCACCGUCCAGUCCUUCCCUCCACCCAAGAACGACAAGCCACGGCCUCACGUCUGCGCGACAUGCACGCGGUCAUUUGCGCGACUAGAGCAUUUGAAGCGACACGAGCGAUCCCAUACAAAAGAGAAGCCGUUCGAGUGCCCCCAAUGCACGAGAUGCUUUGCGCGACGCGACCUCCUCUUACGCCACCAGCAGAAGCUCCACCAGCAGGGCGCGACCAACACACGACCACGGAACGGACGUAGAGAAAGCACGACCGGUCUCCCGCCUAACUCGACUGCCCGAGUACGCAAGAACUCAGUAUCGAGCAAUGCCGGCGGUGCCAAGGGCAAUGUCAAUGUCAUGAGGCCGCGUGCCAAUACCAUCAGUCACAUCGACCCGAGCGCCCUCAACAGCUUCCUUGCCACACACGGAACUUCGAUAGCUGGCGGCAGGGGAGGCCACCCCGGCCAUUCACAACAUUCAAGUCUAUCAGGCAUAAGUCAAUUCGACUACAGAGGCAUGUCGACUGCUGUCGGCAACCAUGGCCAGCAUUCAGGUCUACCAAGGCUUGACACGCAUAUAGGAUUCGCUAUGGGUGGCGGUCUUCGCACAGCUCCCAUUCCAGGAAUGGCUGGGCCAGAUGACCAUGAGCUUGAGAAGUUCUUCGGAUCGUCGGCGGCUUCCACCAUCAACCCGAAUCAGUUGCAUCACUUCAAUGGAGGUAUUGCACUCCCACAAUCGCCCUUCAAGCAAUUCGCCAACCCUUUCGCAGGGAAUAAUCCCAUCGAGGAAGACGAUUUCGGUUGGGGCAUGGGUAUCGACAGCUCCAUGGUCUUUACUGGCGCCAACGAGUCAGCUCUUGACGGCUCUUCACCAUCAGCGAUAAGCACUGCGAGCCAGGGUGGUUUCAACGACAUGAUGCUAGAUGGCUCAAGUCAGCCAAACUCGGCAGCCAUGUGGCAUAAUCCUCUAGUCACCCACACCACCAUCAACCCAACUGCGUUCACACUCGAUGCCAUGGCCCCCGUCUUUCCCGAGCUCAUGAUGGACAACAACACCCCGCAAGAGCUCGGAAACCAUGGCGCUCAGAAUGACUUUUAUUCUUCUACACCACCUCCUUUAGUGGCCAUGAGCCCUUCAGCUGGUAUACCCGGUAUGCCGAAUCAGUAUUUUCAGACGCCCAUGACAUUCGCUUCUGAUGCCCACAGCAUAUCAUCUUCCUCCAUCAACGGUAGCGCAAGGAACAGUUCUGUCUCAUCGUUUUCCACUGAAACCAUUACAGACUCUACGAGGCAGGCUAUGAUGUCCAACUUGACUCAAGCUAUGGGGUACGGUCACGGAGCUCAACGGAGAUUCUCCCAACCCGCCAUUAGCUCGCCUUUGUCAAACGGCUCCGUAAAGUCUUCAACACAGACUGGUAUACUCCCGAGCACCGUCGACAUCCAGCGCUACGUCAAUGCGUACAUCCACUAUUUCCACCCCCACCUGCCUUUCCUGCACAUUCCUACACUUUCCUUUGAUACUCCAGCAUACACAUAUCAACUUCGCUCAGCCGGAAGUUACAACCAGGAUACAAUGGUCGGCGGCGGUGGAUGUCUAAUCCUUGCAAUGGCGGCCAUUGGAGCUUUGUACGAAUUCGAGCAAAACGUCGCAAAAGAACUCUUCGAGGCUGCCAAAAAAUUGAUUUUAUUCUACCUUGAUGAGCGCCGCAAAGCUGGCCUUUCCGCCGUCAAUGGAUCCAACGCUGCCAACGACCACAUCAACAAACCACCACUCUGGUUAGUGCAGGCCAUGUUACUCAACCUCAUCUUCGGCCACAAUUGUGGCGAUCGACAGGCCGCCGAGGUUGCGAGCACUCAUUGUGCGGCGCUCGUAAGCCUUGCGAAAGCUGCUGGAUUGGACAAACCAACAGCUCCAGAGCAAACUUCUUCUAGUCCACCCAAUCAUACCAAUAGCGACAAUCUGGAUAUGUCAGAUGGAUCGCCUUCACAGUACGACCAGAAUGCCGAUAGUGUGGACGAGCACGCUCAAUGGAUUCAAUGGAAGAAGAUAGAAGAGCGCAAGAGAACCUACUUUGCCAUCUUCUCCAUGUCGAGCCUGCUUGUUUCCGCCUACGCGCACUCGCCACGUAUAUUGAACUCGGAGAUACAUUUAGAUCUCCCAUGUGAAGAGGAUUUAUGGUCUGUUGACAACCCUCAAACGUGGGUGGCCAUGGGAGGACCGAUGAUUGCGCAGACUCGCGGGUUGUCUUUCAUUUCGGCCAUGACGUACCUUCUCGAAGCUAGUUCACGGAACACCACAUCGCGAAUGCGAAACUCUUACCCACAAGCUUUCGCAGGCGGUCAGCCAAUGAACGGACCUUCUGAGAGCGAUAUCCGACCCAGCACAUUCGGUUGCUAUGUGCUAAUCAACGCCAUGCACGUCUACAUUUGGGAGACCAGGAACAGGCACAACGGACGUCUAUGGAAGGCACAGGAAACUGAGGCCAUGCAUGCCCAAGUAGAGCCUGCUCUCAAGGCCUGGCAAGUUGCCUGGAGGGCAAACCCGAACCACAGCAUCGAGCGCCCGAGCCCUUUUGGUCCUCUUUCUGCCGACUGCAUACCACUACUGGACUUGGCCUAUGUCAGACUCUUUGUAAACCUUGGCCGCGCGAAAGAGCUUUUAUGGCAACGUGACUUCGACGGUAUGGCAAAUGAGCUGGCGAGAGGUAUCGAUAUCAUUGGCCAAGCUGACGGGACACCGGAGGGAUUUGCAUCAAUGGAUAUCAACGGAGGUUCUCCCGGCCAGAUGGGGUCACAGGAUCACAUCAGCCCGGGGCAUGCAACAAACAGCUUCUCCAACUCACAAUCUUCCAAGCGCGAACGACACCUUCGUAAGGCAGCUUUCUACGCUGCUGACUCGCUUUCCAUGGCAGACAAACUGGGUGCUUCGUACGCCGACUUCACAGCUCGAGAAUUACCCAACUCAUCUGCGUUGUGUACUUUCGAUUGCGCCCAGGUCCUUGCUGAAUGGGUUGCAACUGUUCAAGAUCGCGUUGGUCGUCACAUGGGUGUGCUUGGUAGGGACGAGAUUGACUUCUCGAGCGUGCCGGCCGUUGUACUACUUGAAGAGGAGGACAUUAAGCUGCUACAGAAGAUUUCUGACAUCCUUCAUCACGCCGAUAUGAAGCUGGCUUACGACAUCUCUUCAAACAACAUUCCGAUGCUUGGUGGUCUUUCCAGCCUUGGGCAUUGCGGUUAUGGUACGAAGUUGCUGAUGGUGACGGCCUACAUGCUGUCGAAGGCCGCCGUUUGGCCUGUCACGCAUAUUCAAGCCCGCGCACUCGAAUCGCACGCCCACCACAUCAGCCAACGUGCAGAAAACUCGCUGCAUAUACAGUAA